GCACGGCUCGCCACGUUUACUUCCCAUGCAACUCAUUUGGCUCUUGCUGCCGCUGGGUUCAGCCGCAGCCGCAGAGCUCAAUGGAACGCUACUAUGGGGCGCCUAUCGACCCAAUCUCUACUUUGGACUUCGGCCUCAGAUUCCCCAAUCCCUCAUGACUGGUCUCAUGUGGUUCGGGACGCAUGACUACCAGUCUAUUAGCAAGACGCGGCAUGCCUGUGAUCAAGGCGACAAGAUUGACAGUUACACCUGGACGGAGUACGACACUCGGGAAGGCGGCGUUCAAGUCAUCAAGGAUGGUUUCAACAAUUUGAAAUUGACUACGGAGUUCCUUAAAGUCGCGGGCGGUGACCAUGGGGGUAGCUGGGCUACCAGAAUCAAGGGAGAGCCUAUAGACCCCACUAAACCGACGCGUUCAUCUCUUAUCUUCUACUUCGGACUGGAGGGUAUUGGUGGAAUGGAAAUGGAGAAUGACGAAGAUGAGAAUGGUUUGGAGGGAGAUGUCAAGUUCACAGGUUCUACUCCCGAACUUGAUGACUUCACCAUUCGGAUCGUGGAUGGUCCUGACAAUAGCGUUGUCACUGCUGGACCUUUUGCCCAAAAUUUCCAAGAACGCAUAGGCAAGACGCAUUUCCUUGGGCAAAAAUUGGCUCCCGGGAACGUUUGGCAAGCAAAAGAGGCUCUGAUGCAGAACAUCGUUCUGCGAGCACAGGAGAUUCUUGGGGGCUACAAGGACUCCCCGACAGGACCACCCGAUCCUUCUUUCGUAUUGCAGUUGGCAGACGAAGUGUACAUGGGCAGCAAUCUCUAUGCUGUUCAGAAAUCGUUUGACGGAGAAUUCCAAUUCGACGUGUUCUUCGAAAGCGCAAGUUCCAAACAGAAAUUGAGCGCUGCAACACUAGACGCAGGUAUUCCCGCCAUGGUGGCGUCCUACCACAGACAAUUCCAGAAUGCCUUCCCUUUCCCUUCGGAUUAUCCCGAGGAACGCAGAGAACCGAUGCAAGCUUUUUCUCGGGCUGUCACGUCUAAUCUCGUUGGAGGUGUGGGCUACUUCUACGGGACGUCCAUUGUCAACAAAAAGUUUGCCUAUGAGUGGGACGAGGAAGAUGACAGUAGCACGAAAACCGAAGCCGAUACGGGCGCGCGGCUAACGGAACCCAGGGCUCUGUUGACGGCGACACCCAGCCGAAGCUUCUUCCCUCGUGGAUUCUAUUGGGAUGAAGGUUUCCACCUGUUGCACAUCGGCCAAUGGGAUAACGAUUUCAGCUUGGAGAUUCUCAAGAGCUGGAUCAACCUGAUCGAUGAGGACGGCUGGGUUGCCCGCGAGCAGAUUCUAGGCGAAGAGGCGCGAAGCAAAGUUCCGCCCGAAUUCCAGACGCAGGUUCCCAACUAUGCCAACCCGCCUACUUUGACGAUGGCCGUGACCGCCUUCAUCAACCGAGUGAAGAAAUCGAUGGCGUCCGGUGUUUCCGAUCAAGUCCUCGGAAUGGACAUGGGAAUGCAGGUACCAUUGUCGCAACCUGCGCCAGGCUCCGAGCUUUUAGAUCCUGGAAUGGCUCAGGAGUUCCUGAAGUCAAUCUAUGCCCCCUUGAAGCGACACUACAACUGGUUCAGGCUCACUCAGCGAGGCCAAAUAAAACAAUAUGCCCGCAAAGCCCGUUCUCGCACUGAAGGUUAUCGCUGGCGGGGCCGCUCCGAGCAUCAUGUGUUGACCAGUGGAAUGGACGACUAUCCUCGUGGACCACCGCAUGCCGGUGAACUCCACCUCGAUCUCAUCUCCUGGAUGGCUUUCUUCAGCCAGACGAUGCGGGAAAUCGCCGAGUUUGUUGGGGAGACGGAAGAUGCGACCUCGUAUGGUGAAAUCGAGCAAGCGAUUCUUGGCAACAUCGAUGACUUGCACUGGAGCGAGAAACACAACAUGUACUGCGAUGCAAAUGUUGAUAGCGAGGACGAAUCCUAUCACGUCUGCCAUCAGGGAUACCUGUCCAUGUUCCCUCUUUUCCUCGGUCUUCUGUCUCCAUCAUCUCCGCAUCUCGGGCCCAUGUUCGACGCUCUGCUUGAUCCAGAGCAGCUUUGGUCUCCGUUCGGUCUCCGCAGUCUAUCUCUCUCGCACCCCGAGUUCGGGCAGGGAGAGAACUACUGGAAAGGUCCUGUCUGGCUGCAAAUGAACUACCUCGUUCUUCGAUCUCUCUACACCAAAUACUCUGUGGAAGAUGGGCCGUACAAACUGAGGGCCCAGGAGAUCUAUCAACAGCUUCGCAAAAACAUCGUUGACAACGUUUUCAAAGUCGGUACCGUCUUUCUCUCGCCCAAGCGGUCAUUAAAGCGCCGCAGGAAUACGAACUUACAGGAUAUGUCUGGGAGCAAUACGAUGCAACAACAGGCAAAGGGCAACGCAGGUAUUUCUUCUCUCGCUUCGCUGGUGUCGUAUUCUGAUCUGUCGGUCAGCCAUCCUUUCACUGGCUGGACUUCCCUUGUCACACUCAUACUCUCCGAGACGUACUGAAAUUGCUCUGGGUAGUAGUUAUACACAAGUAUGGGAAGUCAAAAAUGCAAUGCUAAGAAUGUAUGCGCCUAAAACUGUUCGGCAUCAAACGAAAGACCAUCGAAGUGAAACGAAUCCAGUCGCAUCUCUCCGAUCGUGCGAUCCGGAUCUUCUUCCUCCAAUGGAGCAACUUCUUUGCUGAAACGUUCAGCUGAAGGUUGAGGAUGCGUCUCCUCGGUCGGUGUCUGAGGAGCGGACGAAGUGGAUGGGUCUGUGGAGCCUCGGGAUAGGGAUGGAGGAGAAACGGGUCGAGGAGGCGCUUUCCGCUGGAACGACAGAAUCGACAGUCGGCGACGCACAGUAGACGUGAAAGUUUGCAUAGAAGGAGACGGAGAGGGGGCUCUCGAAAUGGGCUCCUCGAGCUCGUCUUCAUCGUCUUCAAAGUCCGCGGAGUAGCGCAUGCGCUGGAAGUCCGACGUAGAGGACGUCGCGAUGACUGAGUCGCUGGUGCGUGAUGGGUUGCGGAAUAGAUUGGAGAGUAUGACCGAUCCGCGACGAGAGAGGGGCGGCGCAGAGGGCAGGGGCGCCGUCGCAAAAGUGGCCUGGGUACUCUGACUGAACGCGAAAACCUCCUGCGUGUAAGGUCUGCUGUCGGCGCUGGCAGCAGUAGUAGCACUGCGAGAGGUAGCACGGGCAAGGUUCUUGAUCGAGCGGAACGCGCUGCCAGCGCGCGACCGCAAUGAUUUCGUCUUUGUCUUCGUUUCAGGAAGCGGAGGAGCAGAUUCCGCGUCAGGCGAAAAUGUUCGCCUCACUUUGACGACCUCGACAAUCUCCGAAUCGCCCUCUCGCAAAGCCUCUUGAAUUUCUUCGUUCAUCUUGCCGCGGGAUGUGGACGGGGUGGGAUCAGUCCCUUUGAUACGUGCGAGCGCCUGGUCAAGAGACGCAAAGUCCGGAGACGUCGCAAGAUCUGGCUCAGGAAGCGAGUCUGUAUGAAAGACGACCUGUUCUGGCUCCAGAUCUUCUUCCGGGGGAACGACGAUGAUUUGAAAGGACGGUGAGAAUAAAGGAGAGGUAUGCGGCAUGGCGGGGGUAGCAAUUGUGCGCGAAGGCAUGGAGGUAACGAGUGUGUGGUCUUGGAAAGGGUCGUUAGGUAUGCUUGUUCAACGCGUCCAGGGUUCAACUUGCU